AUGUCAGAACAGGAUACUCGAAAGACAGUCCUAAUCACCGGUGCCGGUGUCGGAGGCAUCGGCGGCUCUCUAGCUGAAGAGUUCAAUCGUAAAGGCUACAGAGUCUUCGCCACCGCCAGACGUACCGAAACCCUCGAACCCCUCUCAAAACUCGGCAUCGAACUCCUCUCCCUGGAUGUCACGAAACCCGAGUCCAUCGCUUCUUGCAAAUCCCAAGUCGAAUCUCUCACAAACGGGAAACUCGAUAUCCUCAUAAACAAUGCAGGAAGAAACUACACAAUGCCAGCACUUGACCUCUCCAUCCACGAGGUUAGGGAUAUGUUCGAAACCAACGUCUUUGGCGUCAUGGCCGUAACCCAAUCCUUCGCACCCCUUAUAAUCAACGCACAGGGGAAAAUCGUCAUGAUUGGAAGUUUGGCGGCCGUUAUGCCUUAUGCUUUCGGAGCUAGUUAUGGAGCCAGCAAAGCGGCUAUACAUGCUUAUUGUAAUACGCUGAGGGUAGAAAUGAAGGCCUUUGGGGUUGAGGUUAUUAAUGUCGUUACUGGAGGGGUUAGGACGCAGUUGGCGAGGGUUGAGAGAGAGUUACCUGCGGAUUCGUAUUAUUUGCCCAUUAGGGAUUUCUUUGCAAAGAGGGUACAGUAUUCGCAGAAAAAUUCGAUUCCUCCUGAGGUAUAUGCCAAAAAUGUUGUGGCUCAAUUAACGAGACGACAUAGCAGCUCUUGGAUCUGGGAAGGAUACUUCGCAUGGAGGGCUUGGGCUUUGGAUACGUUUUUCCCGAGAUGGAUUUUUGAUUCUUUCAUGAUGAAGCAGUUCGGGAUUGCAAAAUUGAGGGGAUUGUGGGCGGAGAAGAGGAAACAGGCAUAA